ACGCAGGCAGGCGGGGUGGUCCGGAAAACGGGUGGGAUUCACUCUAAACUAAAUACCGCCGUUGCUUUGCAUGUUGGUCGCUGUCGUCAAGGACCACGAGUCAGCGCAUGCGCGCGCCGCGCGCCGUGCAUCAACUUCAGCUUAUGAGAACGAGCGCGACUUACAGGAGGCUGCUUAUGUUUUUAUUUGUUUUUGCUAGUUUUAAAAUAGAAAAAAACCGUGACCGAGAUGGACGGGACCGAGGCGACCCGGAGAAACUGUGCGAAAAGUCCGGAGUCCGGGACUCUGCUCGACUCUGAGAAAAACCAGAGCGGGUCGAAGGACAGAGUGACACUUAAAAAGGAAAUCGGGCUGAUGAGCGCGUGCGCUAUCAUCAUAGGUAACAUCAUUGGGUCAGGUAUCUUCAUCUCACCGAAGGGGGUUCUGGAGCAUGCCGGCAGCGUGGGCUUCUCACUCAUUGUGUGGGUUCUUGGUGGAGGAAUCUGUGCACUGGGUUCCUUGUGCUACGCUGAACUGGGUGUCACCAUCCCCAAAUCAGGGGGUGAUUACUCCUACGUGACUGAAAUCUUUGGAGGAUUGGUGGGGUUCUUGUUGCUUUGGAGUGCAGUAUGGAUUAUGUACCCCACCACACUGGCUGUGAUCGCCCUCACCUUCUCAAAUUAUGUGCUGCAGCCCGCCUUCCCCAACUGCCUGCCUCCCUACAUCGCCACCCGCCUACUCUCUACCAUCUGCAUCUUGCUGCUGACAUGGGUGAACUGCUCCAGUGUACGUUGGGCCACACGCAUCCAGGAUUUCUUCACCAUCGGCAAACUGCUUGCCCUUGUUCUCAUUAUAGUGGUGGGCAUGGUACAAAUUAGCAAAGGGCACUACGAUGCUCUGGAGCCGCAGACAGCAUUUGAGUUUAUUCGAGAUCCAUCUGUGGGGCAGAUCGCCCUGGCAUUCCUGCAGGCCUCUUUCGCCUUCAGUGGCUGGAACUUCCUGAAUUAUGUCACAGAGGAGGUGGUAGAGCCACGCAAGAAUCUACCACGAGCAAUCUACAUCUCCAUUCCAUUGGUCACCUUAGUGUACACCCUCACCAACAUCGCAUACUUCUCCUCCAUGACCCCUGAGGAGCUGCUUGCAUCCAAUGCUGUCGCUGUGACGUUUGGUGAGAAGUUGUUGGGGAUGUUCUCCUGGGUGAUGCCCAUCUCUGUGGCUCUGUCCACUUUUGGAGGGAUUAACGGCUACUUGUUUACUUCCUCCAGGUUGUGUUUCUCUGGAGCGAGAGAGGGUCACCUGCCUUACUUGCUGGCCAUGAUCCAUCUGAAAAACUGCACACCAAUCCCAGCUCUUCUCGUCUGUUGUACUGCGACCAUAGUGAUCCUCUGUAUUGGUGAGACUCAUAACCUGAUCAACUAUGUGUCUUUUAUAAACUACCUCUCAUACGGAGUCACCAUCGCUGGGCUUCUGUUCUAUCGCUGGAAGAAACCUAAACUCGUCAGACCCAUUAAGGUGAAUUUGCUGGUCCCCAUCAGUUACCUGGUGUUUUGGGCAGUGUUGCUUGGCUUCAGUCUGUACUCUGAGCCUGUGGUGUGUGGAAUGGGUCUUGUCAUCAUGCUCACAGGAGUGCCCAUCUACUUCAUUGGAGUGCACUGGGCAGACAAGCCACGUUGGAUCUAUAGCGCAGUGGAGUGUGUGACGUAUCUGGGGCAGAAGGUGUGUUACGUUGUGUUCCCUCAGGACGACCCCUCCGAGACAGAACCUCUAACAGAGAAAACAGAGAAGUCCGAGCUCUGAGCAUCAGAUGUUACCAAGGAAUGCUCUCCUGUGCUUUUUAAUUUUUUUGGAAAGUUUUUUAACCUUUCUCUUAAGUGUUUUUGCAGGUGAGGGGAUGGUUUCCUCCCCAGUGCUGUAGGUUCCGUUUUUUUUUCUUUCUUCCAAGCACUAAAAAGAAACCCUGGCACAGAGGAGGUGCAUUUUCUUGUUUUCUUAUUCAGCUCUCUCUGUCUGCGCUGUUGAUGUCAACAAGCGCAAAAUGAACGUUUUGCCCUUUCAAAGGAACUGCUUUCCACCAACCUCCUCUCAGUGCUGCCUAAAGGCCAUUCUGUUUUUUAAAUACUAUGCAUGUUUUCUCUCGUGUUGCGCAGGAUCUUUUCUCUCCAGUUAUUGUUGUUCUCCAUUAACAUCAACAGACUUAAUCUCCCAUUUUGUCUAUGUGUGAGAGAGUCUGUUUGUGUCAGAGAAGUACAGAUUUUAUUCUUCAACGUUCAGUCCCUAUACUCUUAAAAAUAAAGGUGCCAGAAAGGUUCCUUGAGGAGAUGCCUUAGAUAAUGUAAGGAUUCUCUACCAAGAACCAUCUAAGAACCUCUGUUUUUAGGAGUGUAUACAGUGUGAAGUCAUCAGUGGUACCACACAGUGUUUGCAUGCAUAUAACAAGGACUGUUUGUGAAAAAGUUUCCGCUUUAUAUCAGAUGUCUUUAAAACCUGCCUGUCUACUUCUUAAGCACAGUGCAACACAGCAAGACCGGUCAAAAAAUGUUGUUUUUGCAUACUUUUAGCUGCUUUUAAAUGCUUUUACCUAAUUUUUGUAACUCUUUUGAUGACAACUGUAGUAUAACAUAUAUAUGCAUACACUAAAGUUAACAUUUUAGUAGUAUGAAAUUAUUUACUCAAACCAUGUGAACGAAACAGAUCCAUAUGCCCAAUGUAAUAACUUAAAGGGAAACUUUUUUCCCCAGAAUUCUGCAUAAUUCAAUUGCAGACAUGUAAACAAAGUCAUUCAAUGAAUUUUGAUGUGAAACGGUUUAUUAUAGAGAAACCUGCUUUAGUGAUUCUGGGGCUCUAAGUUAAAAACAAGAAUGGGGCCCCCUGAAUGCAGUUUAAAGUCAGUUGAGGCUCUGGGCUGAUGAGUGGAUCAUCUUAAUUCUACAUAUCUAAUAUUCCUUUUUUUAUGAUUGUGGUAAGAAUAUUAUAAUAUUAAUUUAUUUCUAGACCUUUUUUGAGUGAUUUAUUAAGUGAAAUUAUUUAAUCAUAUUGGCAGAUAUGUUUGCCUGAUUUUGAGACAAGCAAAAUUAUUUGUCAAUAUAGUGAGAUAAUUUGAUAGAGAGUACUGUAGAAGUAAUGAGUAGAGAUUUGACUUUUUUCAGAAAGUAAUAGGUAAUGUGAUCCCAAUGCAUUCUUUGCUGCAUGGGGAUGCACAUUUCCUCUCAACCUCCUCUCCAUAAAGCACUUAAUUGUCUUUUCCAUACCAGUCAGUCUUCAGCUUUGUUGUAUCAUAUUGCAACAACAUAGAAUAAUCCAUUCCAAGCUGCACUGAAAUUACUGAAAAGAAUAGACACAAUCACAAAUAACACUUAUUAUACACUCUUUAAAAGAUCCUUCUGGGUGCUAUAAUGAACUAUUUUCAAAAAGGUUCUAUACAGAAUCAUCUGUAGCACAUUUAUGCACAUUUCCAUCAAUCUGAAAAAUACUCAUGUUUUCAUGUACAAAGAACCCUAUAACCUUAAUAAUGCAAAAGGUUCUUUGAGUGUUCAUGGUUCUAAACUGAACCAUUUUCUUUACUAAAGAAGUCCUGAAGAACCAUCUUUUUUUCAGAAGAAAACCUUGUAUCUCCAUUGAUUUAAUAAUGCAGAUAUUUUGAAAAAUCUGUAAUUCCCUUUUAACCAAGCAAAUCUAUGCCAUUUCUUGCACAUUAUGUAAACUUUACAAUGUGCACUUUCUAAAUAAAUAAAUAAAACAUAUAAAUAAAACAAACUUAAAAGAAAAGUAGGGCAGAGUGGGAAAACAAAAGUUUGUCUUUUAUAAAUAUAUGAGCAAGAUUAUUAUUCUUUUUUUUAUGCAAACAACCUGCACGGUGCUGUUACACUUCAUGAAAAAUUCAGCAAAAAGAACAGUGAGUGAAAACUUAACAACUAAUCUUGUAGGUGGGUUUAAUUGUAACAGAUGGAGGGCUACUUGUAACAGUCACUAAAUAGUCAAGAAUUCAUGUAAACACAGUUUAUUCAAUCCAGUUGUUUGAGCCAGGCAAACUUUCCUACCUAAAUAGAUAAAAAAACAAACAUUCUUCAAACUAAAGGUUAAUUAUUAUAUUUUACCACAUGUUAGUUUGUGUCCUGCUCUCCCGUACAUACAGUUUUCAGUUUGUAGUGACUGAGUGUGUAAAGAGGCAAAGAAGAAUGCACUAGUUUAGCUUACAAGAUGUAAUUCUGAUGACAGAGCGUUUAUAUUUCAGAAUCACAGUAUGGAACAAGAUAAAGUAUAAGCGUAAAUCAGAUGUUUAAUCUGUCCAGAUGUUUAAUUUUUAAACACACAUACAGUCCUGAGCAAAAAAGACCAUCUUAUUUUAUUUCUAGUCAAAACGACCUUUAUUUCAUUCUUUUUUUUGUCCAUUUCCUUUCCUCAGUAACUGCUUCUUGAAGUUUUGGAGGUCUGCCAGGUCUUGUCGUUACUUGUCGACUCCCAUUUUUUUUAUCAUUUAAUACAUUUUUUAAAUAAGUUCUCCUCAGAAAUAACUUAAAAUAUGAAGAACUUGUAAUGGCCAUUUAAUAAAUGUACAGUGCUCUCUGACCUUUGCACAGCACUGUAUACUGUGAUUUGAACAUUAGUCAGAUAAUGAAGAUUAGUGUGUAGUGAAGAAUUCCAUAGUAGUAUGAGACUCCGUGUAUGUACAGUUUACUCAUAAGCUACAUCUUCCUCGUAGAACCUGAUCGACACAGUGUUGACCAGUGUUACAAAUAUUCUGUCCCUGUACAGGUGAAUAUCUUCUAUAUUAAUAUAAUACAUGCAAACAGUUUAUUAUAAUGAUUAACUGUUUGAUAAAUAUGUUUUUUUCUUGGAAGUUAGGGGCAUUUCCCAUGAAACGGUUCUAGCUUUGGUGUAAUCUAUUUUUAUUUUACGUUAUGUUUAGAGUGUGGUAGUGCGUUUGCUGAGCAGUCAGGGUUAGCGCUGUUGUCCUGGCAUUUACGGUUUACGAACGUUUUGAACUCUGCUGUCAGACGUUGAAGCAGUCAUGAAAAAGUGUGUUUAAUUUUAUAUUAAGGACACCUGCUGUGUGACAAUGUAACCCAUACUGCUAGAUGGAGCUCAGCUGAUCGCAGCAAAAACAAGGUCUAAAUGUCCAACCAUGUGCCUCUGAGAGAAACUGGUGCAAAGCACAAAUCAUCACUUAGCCACUUUUAGCCUUUAUAAUUUAUUGAACAAAGCCCAGUUAAUAACCCUUAAUAAUGUAUCUAUGCAAAAAGACUUUUUAAUAUUUGUUUUUAAAUAGUUUAUUAAUACUUUUUUAAAGGACUACCUAAUAAUGUGCCACUGUUGGCCAUAUUCAUUAGAACUGCCAAUGAAAGAGACCACUUCAGUCAGAGAAAUUCUAGUGUAUCCGUGUUCCUGAUGUCGAUUUUGAAGGCAAAUGUUAACACUUACAUAGCAGAACAGACUUUCAUCACUAAUGCAUUUGGAUAACCACCAACAAAUUGUUGCCGUCAUUUCAAAACCUUGUGACUUUUUGAGGUUUUCGUUCGUUUAUUUGUUUUACAUCAUUUGAAAGUGCCAGCUGUCCUUGACACUUUACAUUCAUGAUAAAUGGACCAACAGACUUUUUUUUCAAAGUGACUUUGAAUAAAAUCUCUUUACAUGAAUGUACAGUUAACUUAAAGCUGAGAAAGUUUGUUGCUUCUCCUAGUUCUCAUUUCUGAGAUGCAAGGUUUUGUGGCCAGAGUGACGAUAUGCUUCUUUACAGUGGUUGGUUGGUUAUGCUGGAACAGGGGAAUGUAUAUAGGCCACUUCAUCAUUACUGAAAACACAUUCCACUGUGACACCUUACAGCAAUAAUGACAUAUACUUGUCUUUACUUAGAUCACUUUUGCUGGUUUCUUCCUGAUUACACAUCAGUGAGCUAAAGGAAUCUGUCCAUAGUGCCCCCAAGUAGAGGUGGGGAAUAUGACGAUAUUUAUCAUUAUUGUAACAUAUUAUGUUACAGCUUUUCUGAGCUCAGAGUAAAUGUUAUCAAUACUGACAAGCUGCAUGUUACAAUACAAAGAAAACAUGUUUAAUUGGAUUUAGUGCAGUGCAGUAUGUGAAUCAUUUUAUUUUGUUUUAUUAAAGAUUUCUCUGUACUUAUCAAAUCUCAGAGAAAUGAAAUGCCAUGGGUUGAGAAAAUGUUGUGAAAUAUCAUGAUAUAUACUUGCCAUAUCACGCGCCCCUAUGCUCUAGCAACUAAAGUUUAAUUACCAUUGAACUACUGCUUAGACUAGACAUAGAGCGCAGGUUAAAACUUGCUCUCCCUCUGCUGUUCGGAUGUACACAUGACAUGACACCACCAACCAACACUAUUCUCUCUCUCCCUCUAUAUUCUCUCUCUCUCUCUCUCUCUCUCUCUGAAAGCCGUUGCGGCUUCAGCCUGUACAGGAGUCCAACACAUGCAAGCGCAUUGCUAAAAUUAAGACAGCAGACUUAAGCAAUGUGUAUAUUGUUCAAAGCUCCAAAAGAUAGACAUCAUUCCUGAGGCGAGAUGAGUGUGAGACUUUCAUUAUGUGUGCUAUGUUUUUUUUCUGUUUAUUUUGUUUAUUAUGAGACAUCCAUGAUGUUUAUGCAUAACCAUAAUAGCACAUUAAAUUUAAUUCUAAAGAAAAA